AUGUGGGGCUUCUGUCCCUCGAUCGAAGCUGCAUACCUUUUUACUGUGCUGUUUGGCCUGACGAGUCUUGCUCAUGUGGCGCAGGCCAUCAUAUACCGUAAAUUCUAUUGCUGGGUCAUCGCCAUAGCAGCAACGAUCCAGACGGUGACAUAUAUAUUCCGUGUUCUCAGCAUCCUUAACCCAGCAAGCUAUAACAACUAUGCUGCAUGGUUUGUCCUGAUCCUUGUUGCACCUAUUUGGACGAAUGCGUUCGUCUACAUGGUAAUGGGUCGAAUGGUGUGGAACUUCAUCGAUGACGCCCAAGUCCUGCGCGUACGGCCGUGGCAGUUCGGAUUGUUGUUUGUGAUUCUUGACAUCAUGUACGUCGUUUGCCUCUGUCUUAUACUCAAUACAUACCAACAGAGAAGUAGUGCAUUCGUUAUUCAAGUUUAUGGGGCGGCGCAGGCUGCCGGCAAUAAUGUUUCGCAUAGCGCCGAGAUGACAGGCUUGCAUAUUUACAUGGGCGGCGUGGGUGUGCAACAGCUGUUCAUUGUCAUAUUUACAGUCUGUGCAAUAGAGUUUCAUCGGAAGGUGCUUUCGCAGCGGCGGUCCGAUGCAGGAAGAGCCUUGAUACUGCUCUAUAUCCUCUACGCAUGUUUAGCCUUGAUCACCGUGAGCAGAUAUUCUCAAUCUUAUGAGACCCAGGCUAAUAAGCCCAGGCACGCAUCAUAUUCCGUCUUUGUGAAUAUGCACAAGGCCUUGAUAGCACGAUUCCACUUCACGAGGCUUACCAGUACUGCCUCGACUCCCUGCCUAUGUUACUGGCGCUGGUGGCGCUCAAUGUUGUACAUCCAGGCCGUAUCAUGCCAGGUAAAGACGCGGACAUACCUAACCGCAAGCAGCGAAAGAAAGGAAACAUAA